GUACGUGCGGGUGUGGGAGGUUGGACAGGAGACGUUUUUUUUUCCACCGUCGCCGCCGCCCCUGCUUGCCGCUGCGCGCCCCCGCCUCCUACGCAGGUCGUCUGCUCCGAAGCCGGUGGCCGAAGCUCGCGUCGCCCUCUCCCUCACCGGAUUCAUCGUCCGAGCCCUCGCUAGAGCUCGUGACCUCGCCGUCGCCGGAGCCCUCACUCUCACUGGAUUCGUGUCCUCGCCGGAGCUCGCGCUAACCUGCUCGACCACACCUCGCCGCCCGCGGCCAUCUCACACCCACUCCGCGCGACCGCGGUCCUCUCCUCACCUAUCGGUCGUUCCUGCCCUCGCGAGGAAGACGACGCCUCAAGCUAUCCUCCCUCCCUCUCGAUCUGAUCCGGAGUGGCUCACGUUUUCCUAUUCCUCGCCAGCGGCAGAGGCGGCAACCCUCGAUCCGUGUCAAUCCUCUAUUAGGCUUGGAACUGAACAGAAAAUCUACUCAAAGUUUCACAGAUUGGUAUGAGCUGAUCACCCCUGGUUGUGUAGUUCCUUCUGCAAUGAUUUACUGCACUCACUGUGCUGAUUACUGCCCCUCCAUAAAGGACCCUGACAAAGGAUACAUAUGUUGUGGUACAUGUGGGAAGGUUCUUGAUCAGGAGGUAUACACUGAUGAGCCUACUUUUGUUAAGGAUAACACAGGACAGAGUCGCUUAGCUGGAAGUAUUCUUGCAAGCAUUGAGUCUGGAUAUUCGAUUUCUCAUCAAAGAACCUUAGACAAAGGUAGGGAUGAGAUUAGGCAGAUUGUCAAUAACUUACAUGUCAGCGGUGGAGAAACUGUCGUUAGCAAGGCUUAUCGCUUCUAUGAGCUAGCUGUCGACCGUAAUUUUACCAGGGGCCGUAGAACAAGCCAUGUUGCAGCUGCUUGCCUUUACAUUGCCUGCAGGCAAAGUAAGAAGGCUUAUCUUCUUAUUGAUUUCUCUGAUUAUCUCCAAAUAAGUGUUUACGUGCUAGGUGCUGUUUUUCUCCAGCUCUGCCAAGUUUUGCUACUCGCGGAUCAUCCAGUUGUUCAGAAACUUGUAGAUCCCAGCCUUUUCAUCCAUCGCUUUACCAAAUGUUUGCUGGGAAGAAGAGAUAAUGCUGUCUCAGACACAGCUUUUUCUCGAGAAGUCUCAGACACAGCUUUACGCAUUGUAGCUAGCAUGAAGAGAGAUUGGAUGCAGACUGGGAGGAAACCAAGUGGAUUAUGUGGUGCAGCAUUAUACAUUGCUGCACUCUCUCAUGGGUGUAAUUACACCAAGGCAGAUAUUGUCUCUGUUGUGCAUGUGUGUGAGGCCACUCUAACGAAGCGAUUGAUAGAGUUUGAAAAUACGGAUUCUGGCAGCUUAACGAUUGAAGAAUUUCUAGCAACAGCUGAUGAAUAUAAUGAAGCGUCUGUUUCAAAAUAUUCGCCUAAGUCUGGGGAAAUCCUUUGCAAACACAAGGGUAAAGAUUUUGAGCAUUUUGCCCAUGGACUUUGUGAAAAAUGCUUCAAUAAGUUCACUAAACUGUCGGGUGGACUAGAAGGUGGUGCUAACCCUCCAGCAUUCCAACGAGCUGAAAACAAAAGACUUGAAGCUGCUAAAAGGGCUGAAGAAGCUGCUGCAGUUAAGGAGGCAGCGCUGGAAGAAUCUCUUUGCGACACACAGAAUUCUGAGAUUGAGAGUACCACAACUCCUAAAAAGGCUUUAAGCGGGGAUAAAUCUUCAACAAUUGGAUCUGGGGGACUCAUAAAUGACUCUGUGCCACCGAAGGAUCCUGAAGAGGGAGGUGAAAAUUGUGAAGGCAAUGCUGAUCCAGAAAGCCUUUCUGACAUCGACGAUGUAGAGGUUGAUUGGUACCUUCACAAUGAGGAAGAAACACAAUAUAAAAAGAUUAUCUGGGAGGAAAUGAACAAAGAGUACCUUGAGGAACAAGCAGCCAAGGAAGCUUUGGCAGCUGAAUUGGCAGCUAGAGGGAUUGUUGUGGAAGAGGGAAAGAAAAAACGGAAACGUAACGAAGACACCAAGAGCUCGACGCCUGCUGACACACCGGCAGAAGCCACAUACAACAUGCUGAAACGGAAGGGACUUGGUUCCAAGAUCAAUGAGGGAGCUGUUGGCGAAUUAUACAAGACUAAAGAUGAAGUUGAGAGCGCGAGUAGGAAAGAAGAGAUGGAGUUCGACGCACUGUUUGGGCCGGACAACGCUGAUGGCGAGACGGUCGAUGAUGGUGGUUACGGCUAUGGGGGCUGCGGCGAUGGUGGCGCGGAAGCCUACAAUGGCAUUGAUGACGAUUUUGAUUUCUAGGAGGAUGUGUUAUGUGUAGCAGCAUUUGCAGCUGACCAGCACGGGCUAGAUUCUUCAUCUGUGCGUUAUAGUUUAUAGUUAGUUUCAUUUUUCUUUUGUUAGGGGAGUUUGACCAAAUCAUUAUGGAGCUAUUGGAUAGUGCACUUAGUUUUGGUUGUAUAAUAAUGUUGGGAACUAGGUUCUGCAUGGGCGUCGUAACUGUCGCAAGCCCUAUGUGGUCAAGCGCCUAUACCAUGGGCAUUUGUUGUACAUCCCACCUCCAAAAGAUUGCAAGUGGUGAUGUAACAUUUUGUAUUAGCAAUAAAGGACACAAGAAUGCAUUCAUUUGAAA